CAUGACCUUUCAUCUAUUUAUACCCCUUCAUAAUCAACAUUUUGACAGGAAGCAGAUGGGAGGAGCACCGGGCUAUAUUCUGUAAAAUCAGCAGCUUUAAUAGCCACUAAAUCUUCGAUCUGUUUCUGCAACGGAAUCGACAUUGGUGUUUGAUUUGUUCAAGGUCGCUUCUCAAUGUGCAUAACUUAUCCGAAUUAACCAUAACCCCUGCAAGUUUGGCUAAGUGAAAUAUAUGCAAAGAUCUCGCGCACCAGAUAGAGUCAUGAGAGCGUUAAUUAUACCGAAAAGACGGGAGUCUACUGUGUCUGGAUCACUACGCCGCAUAAACACAACAGCAAUGUUUUCCAGAUAUCACAUAGACAACCAAUCAUCCAAACACAGCAAGAGAGGUACAAUCACGGGGAAAGAAACGGUACAGGCUUCCAAAGAAGCAAUAAUUCAAUUAUCAGCGAGCACAGCAACCACAUCAAUCUCUGAUUCUUCUGGCACAGCCGCGGUCACAGUUUCUAAUUCACGGAAAAGUAGUACUGUAUGCGAACCGUCGAAUGACGUUUCCGCCCCUUCGACGUUGUUACCAACCAUCAAUCGAGCACCGCUUGUUUCGAAUGGGAUGCUUGGCCAACGCAAACAACAUCACAAAGCUUCAGGUGCAAGAGGAUCGGAAGUUACAGAUCAGGAGGCGUAUAAUGUGCAUAGAUCUACAAUGGGUUCCGCAUCAGAUGAGCCCCAUAGGCUUUCCGCAUCCACCACCACAGUUCCGUUGAGACGAUCACCAUCACAAACGCCGCCUCGGAUCGACCGUUAUACUUAUCGGACCAUCCUGGACUGGAGUAUUCAUCCAACGGUUCUACCCGACGAUUUUAAUAUACAGGUGUCAUCAUAUCGUAAAACGGUGCCGGUAUCUAGUAAAGCGCUAAAAUCAGCUAUUGUAUCAGCUUCGCUCCCCACCGACCCCUCCAGCUCAUCCUCAUCCUCAUCCUCGUCAUCCGGCUUAUCGCUGCCAUCACCCUCAACGGACACGCCAUCAACAUAUUCACAUCUCGAAUCACUUAACCCUAAAACUACGAUGGUCAAUAGAACUAGCAAUCAUCGCCCACUGUCCCAAGAAAUAGAUUCAGAAAAGAUACAGGAUACAAGACAACAACGUCUUGCGAGAGAUAGUAGGGCAUCGCAAGCCUGGUCUAUGAAUAGCUCUACACAUGACAAUGAAGGCGCAAAUGUUCAGGCUUUGAUCGCUCAGAAAAACAAAUGGAAUGACUCUCCUAGGAAGGGCAUGUUUCUCAACGAGCACAAGGAAUUAGUUGACAGAAAUACUUUGAAUAAGGAAGGAUCUAUAGGUGUGUCUAUAAAGAAUGAGCACAGGCACAAGAGCAUGAGUGGCGAAAAUGAUUUAAGGUUAAGACGAGGUCAAAAUGAACAUUCGAUCGAUAACAACUAUGACCUUGUAACUGGAUAUGACCAUGGCAGCUCUGCUACUAUUAAGGCAAUUGUGAAGGAAAACCUGGCGAGCCGUAAGGAAGGCCUACAAGAUCGUGAGUUUUUGUACUCCCCUGCGGUGAUCCUUCCAGCGCUCAAGUCCAAAGUCAGAACAUGUUUUACAUUGUAUUAUUCCAGAGAUGCCUCAAAGCCAGGCUGGACUCCAUCGACUUCGUAUACGAAUACAACUGUCUUGGACCGAUCUCAUCUGCCUCACAUGAAUGACUGCCUUAGGGCUGCUCAGGAUGCAGGCAUUCAAGUGAUCAAGACUAAUAAUCGUCGUUUAGAAGAGCUAUCGGGAAGCGAAUCACAUGAAGGUGUAGUAUUGGAAGCAUCGCUCCAUUCGACUCAAUUAGUCACUGCGCUUGGUCCUGUGUCUAAAGACAACCACUAUCAAGUAAUGUUCGAUGACAAGGGUGGUUCACUAAAAUUCCAGAGUUUUAGAGCAGGUUUGCCGCUCUUAUCCGAAGCAUCAGCCGCUGUUACCGAAAACAUGGUACCUUCAACGAAAACAUCACCCUCCUUUCCUCCAAUUUGGCUUGUAAUGGAGAACGUUUGGGACCCUCAAAUCAUGGGUGAGAUACUGCGGACAGCUUGGUAUUUCGGCGUGGACGGUGUGAUGUAUAAACAAGCAAGGAGCGCACUGCCUACUGCUGAAGUUUCCCUUGCAAGUGCUGGGGCCUUGGAACAUAGGCCUCUGUAUCCUAUUCGAAAUUUGAUGCAAUUUGUUUUGGCAUCAAAAUCUAAUGGAUGGAGCAUUGUUGGGGUUCAAGGUGUGUUUGGAAGUAAAUGGACUCAGCCAAUCCACACCUGGCCUUCAGAAGGGGUCUACCGACCAACCAUUCUUGUUCUGGGCAACAAUGGUUGCAAGAUUAGCAAGCAGGUUGCCAAAAAUUGCGAUGCCUGUAUUAGCGUCCCGUCACUAUCUACAAGUACAACUAUGAUGGACUCUGCGGGAGGCCCAGCUACAGCGGGAAUGGUGAUCUCUAAACUGAUGGGUGGAAGGUAUCAAUACAUAAAUAGAAUUUUGACCGGGGAAUCUAAAUCAAGGUCUCUUCAAAAUGAAUUAUCAGAGGAUGCAGAGGAUGAUUCAGAUAAAUAUGCGGAUAUGGAUGAAGGAGGCAAAAGAUCGGAGCCCCAAAGGCAACUUCAACUUGAUGAUAAUGACCAUAAAGGACGCUCGUCCAGAGUGCGGAGUAACAAGCUACUCUGGUGAAUAAAAAUAAUAGAAAACAAUAGGAGGCAAUUCAUUGUUCCACGUCGUCUACAUAGUCUAGCUUAAAAACAUCUUGUUGUUCUCAUAG